AUGAACCAGGACAAUAUCGACCAAAACCUCAGCUUGGACGAGAUACAUCCAAGACCUGUAGAUGUGGCCCCCGAGAUUGAACAGCCAGCUCUUGCCCCAGCAGACGAGGGCAAGGCAGCAUGGCUAAUGCUGGCCUCCGCCUGUCUCAUUCAACUACCAGGUCUUCUGUAUCUUCUUUCACCAGUCAUCUUCACUCUUCUAACCCGAUACCCUCGUCUGCAGUACUACUGUGCUCCAGUUGGCUUGGUGAUUGCGGUUCUGGGAUCCCUGCUAUCAUCGUUCUCGGUGCAGGUGUGGCAUCUCAUUGCAACGCAGGGUGUGAUAUGCGCCAUUGGGAAUGGGUUGUUGUUCAGCCCGUCAUCCUUGUAUCUUGAUCAAUGGUUCCUACGGCGGAAGGGUCUUGCGAUUGGAAUUAUGUGGGCUGCUAAAAGUAUAACAGGCGUCGUCUUACCGUUUAUUGCCAGUGCUUGUCUAGGAAGAUUUGGAUCUAGCACUACAUUGAGAGCCUGGACUGUGACCACGUUGCUGUCUACUCUCAUCGCUUUACCUUUCAUGAAACCCCGCAUCCCCAUCUCACCAUCUGCUACAGCCCGACCUCUGGACCUGAGCUUCCUGAAACAACGCACUUUCUUGAUGCUACAGGCAGGCAACAUCAUCCAAAGCUUUGGAUACUUCCUACCAAGUACAUACCUCCCAUCAUACUCUACAGAAACAAUUGGGCUAUCCCAGACAACCGGCACAAUGCUCGUCUCUCUCUUCAAUGCGACAUCCGUCUUCGGUGGGAUAGCCUUCGGAGCACUCUGUGACCGAUUUUCGGUAACCAACAUCAUGCUUCUAUCAUCAGUUGGUUCGGCAUUCUCAGUCUUCCUUUUCUGGGGUAUGGCCUCGUCGGAUUCAGAGUCGUCGCAGACGGCCAUUGCUCUUCUUACAAUCUUUUCUAUCACGUAUGGCUUUUUCGCAGGCGGGUUCAGCUCCACCUGGUCUGGGGUCAUUACACAGAUCAAGCGUGACUCUUCGCCGUCUCUGGAGACUGGACUUGUCUUUGGUCUCCUUGCUGGUGGGAGAGGUAUUGGGAAUGUGAUCAGUGGUCCGUUGAGUACGGCUUUACUUCGCUCGGGCUCUUUGGGUGAGUCGGGCGGUCUUAGUGGUAGCACUGGCUAUGAUACCAAGUAUGGUGCGCUGAUAGUGUUCACUGGUAUCACUGCAUUCUUUGGUGCAUGGAGUUGGAUGUGGAGAUCGGAGCUUCGAUUCCAAUGCGCGCGCUCUUCAAUCCCCGGCACCGACAACUAUCUCCCUCCAUCUCUCGCAACCAGCGCUCUUCCGGACACAAUGGCGACCGACGCUGCGCUGCAAGAUCCGCUGCUCUCACUCCGACGUGCGAUUGCGUCCGGCAAUCUCCCAACGCCAACCACCUCGUCCGAGCUCUCCGAUCAACAUGCCACGGAGGAUCUAGCCAAAGCCACACAUCUCUAUUUCUCUCAGCCCGUCCCUCAAACAAUCCCCCUGUCCACAGUCACUCGAUUCAUCUCAGAGGCCACCCAAUCUGCGGUCGACCUGCGCAGUAUUCUGUUCGCUUGGCAGAACAAGGAUGUCGCCAUUCCCGAAUACAUUGCUUCAGCGGAAAAGUUCAACGAAGAGCUGAAGCAGCACACGCAAGAAGGUGAAAAGGAGCAGAGUGUUCAAAUUCUGGUGUUCGUCGAGCGCUUGGAUCUUAUCACCUGGCUAGAAGGCGCCGCCGAGGAGAUCGACCACAUCAAACCUCUCGAGGGAGCAGCUGCCGCUGCCGAGGCUGCCGCGGCCGCUGCUGGCGUAGCCCAGGCUGAGAACGCGGCAGGAAUCGCCGCCGGUGCGACUGGCGGUGUCGCCUCGGCCCCCAGUGGAACCACAGGAGCAGCACAGACCGGAGCUCAAAGCGGUCGCCCACAAAAGCAGAUCGACCCUCGACUACAGGAGAUCUACAAUGGAGAGCGCAAGACCGGUGACCGUAACACAGUGCUUCGGGGAAUCAAGCCAACAGACUUUUCGCACGUCCGCAAGAGCGCCGAGCUAUUCCUCGACCGCAACCGCAACCGUCCAGGCCAGCCGGGCGCCAAACCAGGCAGCAAGAGCGGUGUGCCCGCGCCCUCGGCCGGACUUUCGAUGCCAUCAUCACGCAAGUCCAGCUCACACUCUCGACCCGACCCUAUCAUUCUGAUCUCGCCCUCCGCAUCCUCUCUCAUCCGCAUGUCGAACGUCAAAACAUUCCUCGAAAAGGGCAUCUUCGUCCCACCAGACCACCCCACUCUCUCCAGCGCAACGGACGCCAAUCUCGUGAAGCUUGAGCGUCCUCUCCGCAUCAACAGCGAUCCUUCCAACCCCAGCACCAGUGCAAUUGGUUCCCGCACCGGUGGAAAACCCACCCGUCCUACCAAAUUUAUCAUCGUCGAUGGCACAACCAACUUCAAGCCCGAGUACUGGAACCGUCUCGUGGCUGUCUUCACUACCGGCCAGACAUGGCAGUUCAAGUCAUACAAGUGGUCUUCUCCACCUGAGCUCUUCAAACACGCUACCGGCGUCUACGUGGGCUGGCGCGGCGAAGACGUCCCUAGCCAGGUCAAGGGCUGGGGUCGUGGCGUGGACAACUUUGCCGUCGAGCGCUGGGACGAGAAGAAUGGUGUGCAAGGUGGUGGGCGCUGGCGAGAUCGUGAGGUGGUCGAGGGUAUUUGGUCUGCUAUUGAGGAGGGCAUGAGACUUCGUGGUUGGGGUUCCAAGUAG